AUGGCUCGCAAAAGUGAUUCGACUUCGGACCCACGAGGGAGUGGCAACCACAGCAACAGUGGCAGCACGGGUGGCGGCAGCUCACGUGACGACGAGUGGCGGUGUCUACACGUCAUUUCCGAGCAGCCGUUUUUCGACUCGCUGGCGCUACUGGUGCUGUUUUGCCAGUUCCCCAACGUGGUGCUUGCACUGGUGCAUCUGUGGCACGUAUUUAUCCGACAAGGCCGGCUGAUUUCGCCACGGUCGCUUCCGCAUCUGUUCACACAUCUGUUUGCACCCGUCCAACAGAAAAACCACACCGCGGGCGGCUCGCAGAAAUGGAUCAUCAUCGACAUGGUGCUGUCUGUGUUCUUACUACAAUGUGCACGGGGAGGGUACCAGUUUGUGGUCACGUUCGCAUCGGCAGUGGUGGCAAGCAGCAUGGCAGGUGGCAGAUCACCGUUUGCCAACGCCAUCUACGCCACGUCUGCAGUGGCCAUGUUCCAGUUCUUUUGGAAACAGUUUGGCAUGCUGCUGUUCCCCCAGUACGCAGCGUGGGGCCAGCAGGACCACAGUCCAGUCUGGGACGUGGUAUUCGACGUGAUCGACAACCAGGUGCUGUACCGACGUAUGCCCGAGCUCAAGGGCAUGCUUUAUCGAGUGAGUCCCAGCGCCCAAAUUUUGCAUUUUGUGACGGACAUUCCUGUGGUUAUCUCGCAGGCACUAGCGCUACACGUCAUCGGACUGGGCUUUGUGCCCUUCUUCCAAAAACUGUUUCUCAGCACUGUCAAGCCCACCGGAACGGCCUCUGAACCGAGCACACACACGUCACCCUCAGUACCCAUCAUCCCCCUACCCAGCAUUAAUUUCGACAGUCUUGAUCCCGUAACUUUGACGGUCCCUGAUACAGUUAGCAACGACAACUCACGAGACGACUACCUUCGCAACUACGACUUUUCCUUCCCGGCCUCUUCGUUCAAACAGAGCAAGAAGUUCACGGCGGUCCGAACAGCACAACCGUUAUGGACAGGAUUGGCCUCUUCCAUAAUCUUGGCAGCGCGACACGACUCUUUCGGAGACGACGACUUCAUCCAGCAGGCUGGUCCGUGUAUCUUGAAAUACGUGUUUGACCGGGCCUUUGUGUUUGAGAUCAUGUGUGAGGAUCCGCCUACAAACGACAAAUACGAACUCAGUGUCACCGUCAAUGGGGUACUAUGGCCCCAGGUGAACGCCACGUGCUCAGAAGAGAACGGUUCCUUUUUUAUCUUUGUAGAUGGACUCACUCCUUACUCCGAGUAUGCGGUUGAGAUUGCGUGUGGAGAAACUGUGUUGUUCAAGCACGGCGUCAAGACCGAAUACUCUGAGCGCCUCAAAGGCGUUUCCAACAGCGGCAGAUCCCGUGCCAAUUCUGUAGGCAACCCUGGGGCCUCGUCUAUGCCUUCUUCUGUUCCUGCUCGCCCCGUUUCUCCCGUGACUACUCUUCUCGAGUCUCUUACAACUGCUCAAAUGACUCUCUCAGAAGAAAAGUCUAAGACCAAGAAACUGCGCAAGGACUAUUCCAAACGGCUGGCUUCAAUUCGACAGGAGAUUGAAAAUACAAAGUCGAAGAUGGAGUCUAAUCUCAAACAGGAUUCCAAGAGUCGGCACAAGAUUGAACAGCUUCAGCUCUCGUUACCUGCCUUGGAGGAGGAACUCGCCAUGAAGCAGGGAGAGUUUGAAGAGCUCAACGAGACUGUGGCAGGUGUGAGUGCUGCUCACAAGGCCAAGAAGAAGGAGUUCGAAGAGCGUCAACAGCAGCUGACUAAGCUAGAGAAGGAGGCACAGAAGCUGAAGAAGGAGGCUGACGAGAAGGAGGCGUCUUUCCAGCAGGAGGUUGUGCAGCUCAAGACCAAGCUGGACCGUCUCCAAGGCCGAAGAGCCAAGGCUGCAAAUGACGUGUCUAGAGUUGAACGGGAGAUCCGCGGGGAGCUCGACAACUGUCUGCAGCGACUCAUGGCUGAGCGAGGAAAACGACAAGCCAAGCGUCAGGCUAUGGAGAAUGAGUUUUCGUCCAACAUCAAUAAGAUGGCCAAGGGAGUGGAAAACCUGCGUCAGGAGGCGUCCAUCAUCCAGCAGAUGAUGUCUGGAUCGGCUCCUUCACUCAACCACUCCACCUCCCAUCCUCACAUGGAGGUUAAUCCGUCUACUUAUUACUCUUCCUCUGUUUCUUUGCCCAUGUUCCGGGGUGAUUGA